UUGGUAAAUGUUCUUUACUUGCAACACAUGAUGGCGCUAUGCGCACAGUGCAGAUUGUACGUAUACCACAGAACAGGUGACAGAAAUCAGCUGACACACAUGUGAAAAGCACCGCUCUGCACGUAUGUGUACAAACAUCGCCCGUGUGGCACGCAGAAAGAAUUUGUUUAUUUCUUUAAAAUAUUUUAAUGCGCACGAUUAUGCUUGACGCGUGUAAUAGUGACUGAAGUGAAUAAAAAACAAGAAAAAAAUGAUGACUGACGUAGGAGAGGCUGAAGCAGCGGAGAUCGAGCUAAGAAAUGAGAAACUAGAAAGCAAAAAUGAAAUCAACUUCUCAGAAGUCACGGAAAAGCUGACCGAAGGUCUCUUACAAAUUUAUCAACCUCCGUUAGAACAAGUCAAGAAAGAUCUUCUGGAGUUAACAAACAAACAAGAAGCUCUCCUUGUUCGAAUGCAGGUUGAGAACAAGAAGAUAAAUGAAACGUUUGAAGAUGUAGAUCUAAACGACAUGUUUGCGGUUAUUAAAGUUUAUCAAGGAAAAUUAGUGUCGAUAAGAAAAGAGAUGAUUAAUAUUCACGAGAGGACUACCAAGUUGAAGAAGCGAGCUUUACGUUUGCAACAGAUAAAACAGAAGGAAGCGUUGAACAGGGAGCAACAACGCGAGCAAGAGCUGCGCAGAGAACAAGAACUAAUUGGCAAGCCCGCUAACACCUAAUGUAUAAACUUUAAAGAUAAGAUUAGCUUGUAUAAAUAAUAAUGUAAGAGAGAAACAUUCGAUAUUUGUACAAAAAACGCAUACAAAAAGUUAAGGACACGUUGUGUGUUUAUACAUAAAUAUUUGUUUGUAAAAUAAAGUUAUAUGCAGAAAGUGUCAAGUAAUAAGAAAUAUAUGUUUAAUAUAGAAAGUAUAUUCAAGGAAGUAUAUUUGUUAUCUUGUUUGUUGUGUAAGAGUGCAUUUAAUAACAGCGAGUUAUUUGAAAUUUAUAUCUCGGAGAGAAAAUUGCUAUUGGUCACAUACUAAACUUGUGCCAUUGGAAAAUGGAAUCUGUUUGAGCCAUCUGUUUGCCUGCACGACGUACCUCCCAACAUUCUCAAAUGCGUGCUGGGACAAUUCAGCAAGGGAAGCAAUCUAGUUUUCGGCAACAACCAACGAUGGGAAACGAUGAGACAAUUGGCGGGAUAAAAACAAAACUUGACUCUCUCUCGAAAGUUUAUUAAACAUAAUAUGAAUUACCUUUUUAUUCUGUGUUUCACAAUGUUACAAUUCUUCGUGCGAUACGCGCUCCACAACGACGACACGUUAUACAAAGUGACAAUAUAAACUUUUUGUGACUUACAACACAAUAAUGCAUUUAGGAUUCGCGGUUCUUGUUUUUUUUGUUUCAUAAAAAAUCACGCAAAGUCUUUUGGCGAUUGACAAAUGCAAAGACAAAGUGUUUCUUCGCCUCGUUUCCAAAUAAAACUCUUCGUCAUCUUGUAAUUAAAGUAUACAUCUAAGUCACGCGAUACUUAAAUACAAGCAAGCGAUCCUGACGAAGCGUUCACUAUAUGUAUAUCCAUAUAUAUGUAUAUAUAUAUGUAUAUAUAUAUAUAUAUAUGUAUAAAGUUUGUUUGCUCUACUUAAAAAUUGGUCAUACAAGCAGCUGCGGUAAAGGCGCGCGAAUGUUUGUUUCGUCAGUUCGUAAGAAAAACUACACUGUAAGGUGUAUACGAAUAGCUUACAAAUCUAAAUAUGUGUCUUAAAAAUGUCACAGACUCCUCUUUUAUUUUAAUAUCUCUAACGCUAUAUCUCGUAUAACGCAUGUACAAUACGCACAAAGCAAUCGCGCAAAUUGUCGAUUCUAUCCUACGGAUCCUUUUGAUCGAAUUCUAUUACAUCGUAGCCGUGAUUUUUCAUUUUCGAUUAAGUUUUUUUUUUUUUUUUUUUUUUUUAUCAAGACAAAAUAAUUUUUCAUUUCGAUUGCGAUCGCAGCCGAUUGCGUGCAGCCUUAUAAGGUACAAAAUACAAUUCUGUGUGUGUGUGUGUGUAUGUCGUCACUAUCGUAAAACAACAUCGAUAGAGAUAUGCAUCGCGUCAAUUUACAUGUACGCUUGACGAUAGAUUGAGAGCAAUUCAGAAGUCGACAAAUACACGUAAGAAGUUCUUUUCUCUCUCUCUCUCUCUCUAUCUAUCUUUUCUUUCUUCUUCUUUUUCUCUCCCUGUGUCUGACAUUUUCUCUAAAACACAGUAUGGCACGUUUGAUGUUCCAAAAGAGCACAUUAAUCAGUCUUACGACAGCGAAUGGUUCGGCUAACAAUAAGUACAGAUAUAUAUAUAUAUUUUUUUUUUUUUGGCUUACAAGUAGAGGAUAUUCGAAAUUUAAAUCUCGUCGUCGUUUGAGUUUGCUUUUUUUCUUUUUUUUUUUUUAGAAGGACGUUAAACGCAAUUGUUUAUCGUUUUUAGUCUCUAAUGGCAGUAUGUGUGUAUUUUGAUACAAAGACCGUUCUUACAAAAGAAUUUAGAUAUGGACUAUAGUUCUGUAGUGAACAAAUACUUGUCGCGAAAAGCAAAGAUCAAUUACAUAGCGCAAAUUAGUUUAGCAACGAGAAAAUAUUGCCGAAGUGAUUAAUUUCCGAGCUCUUUUUCUCAACAACUUUGCAUUCCGAUGUGACCAGAAAAAAGUUCAGAGAUUGAAUUGAGUGCAACGCAAUCUAUGAAAAAAAGAAAAAAAACUACCUUUCUUCGAGCGAUAAAAAUUGUGCUGGUCGAUGAUAAUCAAUCGACAAAACUAGAAGAAAAGAAGUUCAACUAUCGAUUAAUCGGUUUUGAUUGUAAUCGCAUUAGUCCAUAUCUAUGUUGUACAAAUCUCUUAUUAGUUUCGUAUUUUUAAGUCUACGUACGCUUUCGCCUUGUAUAUCGUUCUCUGAUAAACAGUAUUAAGCUCGUUAACAUUAACACAGACAAUAAUUGCGGUUUACAUUAAAGUGAUCAAUUCAAUGUGUUACUUUAGAUUAUAUUGGCAAAAACAGUCGAUACCUUCAACAGAAAUUGCACUUUCAAUUGUGCAAAAAGUUUUUAUCAAAACUUUUUGCACGUACAAGUGUGUAUGUGAGUUUGUGUGUUGUAAAAGUGUGAAGUUCAACGAUAUUUAUAAACAUCCAUGAAAACGUAAACAUUACGUCUUGAGAA